AUGUCGUCUAUGACAGAAACUAUAUCAUUAACAAACGAAAAGGAAAAUACUGAACAAGUGUCAAUUAAGAAAUUAUUUCGAAUUCGCAAGUAUCUUCUUAUACUUGUUAUCAUUCAAUGGAUUUUAUGCUUUAUUAAUCUUGUUAUGUUUAUUUAUUCUGUAAUAACAGAAAAUGAAGAUAAUAUUUCAAAUAGAAUCAAAUCAUCGAUACCUUUAUUUAUUUUAACAUUUUAUUAUACAUUUGGACUUUUAGUUAUUUAUAAAUAUUAUCGAAUUGGAAUUUUGAUUUUUGCAUCGGUUGGAGAUCUUCUAUUUAUAGUAACAUCUCUUUUUAUUGUUAUAUUUGGUAUUUUUGCUGGUAUUGUGAUUUUAACUCUUAAAUUGGCUUUCAAUUUGGCACAAUUAAUUAAAAUAAAUGGAUAUACAAGUGUUUAA